AUGCACCUUUGUCGGCACUCUCAAGUAGGACACAAAUUCCCAAUCACAGAAGAUUAAAUAGAGUUAAGUAAGAUGACGAUGGCGGAGCAAGCACUGGACUAUAUAACUAACACAUAUACUUCCAACAUAGAGGGCGUGCUUCGGUGAGAUAGUAUGGAGGGCGCGGACGGCGAAGACCUGUUUGAAUGGGAGGCGCUGUACUUGCGGCUGCCGGUGCGCAACUUGACCUGGAACAGCACGGACUGGGUGCCGGCCAGCUGGAAUGUGACCACUGCCAACGAUACCUGGUGGGACGCCGCCGCGCCCUUCGAUACGCCCGCCGCAGUUCUGCGUGCGGCAGUUAAGGCCGUAGUCCUCGGCUUAUUGAUUCUAGCCACUGUAAUCGGUAACGUAUUCGUGAUAGCAGCUAUACUUUUGGAAAGACACCUGCGGAGCGCCGCCAACCAACUGAUUCUGUCUCUGGCUGUCGCCGAUCUACUGGUGGCAUGUCUAGUGAUGCCCCUCGGCGCAGUGUACGAGGUGGCGCAGCGCUGGACUCUGGGCCCCGAGCUCUGCGACAUGUGGACCUCGGGAGACGUGCUCUGCUGCACCGCUUCUAUUUUACAUCUAGUCGCCAUCGCGUUGGAUAGGUACUGGGCUGUGACAAAUAUUGACUAUAUCCACGCGCGAACCGCUCGCCGUGUAGGCUUGAUGAUCUUAUGCGUUUGGAUCGUGAGCUUCCUGGUGUGCAUCGCACCUCUGCUGGGUUGGAAAGAUCCUGAUUGGAACCGGCGCGUCGCCGAGGACAUGCGCUGUGUCGUCAGCCAAGACGUAGGGUACCAAAUAUUUGCGACAGCUUCAUCGUUCUACGUACCAGUGCUGGUUAUAUUGAUUUUGUAUUGGAGAAUAUAUCAAACUGCCAGAAAAAGAAUACGAAGGAGACGCGGCGCGACCGCACGGGGCGGUGUCGGGCCUCCGCCGGUACCUGCGGGCGGCGCCCUGGUGGCUGCAGGCGGUAGCGGCGGGAUUGCCGCCGCUGUGGUGGCCGUCAUAGGCCGCCCCUUACCGACCAUAUCGGAAACCACCACCACUGGAUUUACGAAUGUUUCAUCGAACAAUACGAGCCCAGAGAAGCAAUCCUGUGCCAAUGGUCUGGAGGCGGAUCCGCCGACGACCGGAUACGGCGCCGUGGCGGCUGCCUACUACCCGAGUUUGGUGCGACGUAAACCAAAGGAAGCCGUCGAUUCGAAACGAGAAAGGAAAGCGGCGAAGACAUUAGCAAUAAUAACCGGUGCGUUUGUAGCGUGUUGGCUUCCAUUCUUUGUGCUAGCAAUAUUAGUUCCGACGUGUGAUUGUGAAGUUAGUCCCGUAUUGACGUCAUUUUCCUUAUGGUUAGGCUAUUUUAAUUCAACUUUGAACCCAGUGAUCUACACGGUGUUCAGUCCGGAGUUCCGGCACGCGUUCCAGCGGCUGCUGUGCGGGCGGCGUGGACGCCGGCGUCGACCGCCGCCUUAGCCUUCGCUCCCCCUCCACCCCUACUUCCCCACCUCCUCCAGGCGACUGACCUCAUGUAGCUUGAUACACAUUGUGUUACCUCGUUACA